GGUGGUGGAGGUGGUGGUGCUGGUGGUAAAUGUGGUGGCUUUUCCAGUCCUAAUGGAUUUAGCAGCCUGCUGACUCUUGAUGGGUGUGUGAAAACUCCAAGGAUUAUCCUGAAAGGAUUUACUACUUUGAAGUUAUCCCUGGCUGAUUUUUUUUUCUCCUGUUGCUCGGGGAAGAAAAGGGCCAGGCUAAAGGGUGAAACAAAAUCAGAUUCAGAAAAAAAAAAAUCCUUGACGAUUUGCGCCUUAACCUUCUCCGCCGUCUGCGCGAGGGACAGCAGCCAAUGCAGGCAUCACUGGACAUGACUUUUACAAAUAUGACAGAUCGCCUCAGAUUGCUGCCUCGAGGGUGGACACUUCGUGACUUUUACUAGCCUAAUGAAAUAGAUGGCUGAAGUACCCCAUUGAGUUGAAAGCGUGAAAAAUCUCACUAAUAGGUUUAUUUGCUGUCAGAUACGUGCAGAUCCACUGCCUUGGACCACUUCACUUUGCAUAUUUCAUAGUUGAGUAAGUUGGCUUUUCAAACCUCUGCUGGAGUUCCAAGAGGAGAAAUCUUGUGCUUAUAGCCGUGCUGGAGGCGAAUUUUGCAGAGAUUUUUUUCACUGCAUUUUAAAAACAGUCCUUCCCGCCACUCCUUGCCAAAACGUAAUAAUUAAAAAAACAAACUGCGGAGCCAUCUCUACAUGUAUAUCAUUUUCAUGAAUAUUGAUGGUCAUUAUAUAUUCUCGUCUGGAUCUGAACUGAGAUUUAUUCAAAAUAUCAAAUUGGACUGCAUUCCAGGAUGAAAAGCUGGAGACUUGCUUUUGUCGCCGCCGUCCUUUCGUUACAGGUUGCCUUUUAUCAGGAGGUGAAUGCCAAGAAGGAAAGAAAGAAGCUUAAAGAGGCAAACCAGCACACCGAGCCUUACAAUGCCACCGUUUCGAACAGUGAGGAGCUUCCUGAUGUUCGAGAUCACCCAGUUGAUCCUCGUGGCUCCUGGUUUGAAUUUAUAAAGCCACGUGAUGAUAAACAGAAAAAGAAAUGUAAUAGAAAGGAGAAGAAGUCUUUACCUGGACCUGCUGGCCCUCCUGGUCCUCCUGGACCUCCGGGACCCCCAGGAACUGAACUGACCCAGGAAGCACUUUUAAAAGAGUUCAAAGAGUUGAUCCGAGAAGCUACAGAGAGAAGAGCAGAAGCGGCAGUCAACCAUCGCUUCAAUUUCACUCUGCCAUCUCCUCCCGUAACUCUUCCUGAGAGUUUUGCCCCCUACAGGAGAGUGGAGCAAGCAUUUCACAGCAAACUCAAAGGACCCAUAACUGUAGACAAGAAGACACUUGUGGAGCUUCACAACUUUCAAACACCAACUACAAAGGGUGCAUUUCAGAGGGGAACUGGAAUGAACUUAUUAACUGGCCGUUUCACAGCACCUCUGUCUGGAAUCUAUCAGUUCUCAGCAAAUAUUCACAUCGACCACAGUGAAUUAAAAAGCAAGGGCCAGCUACGAGCAAGAGACAACGUCAGAGUGCUGAUAUGCAUUGAGUCCCUUUGCCAUGGAUACACGUCAUUAGAAAUGAUUGUUGGACUGGAGAGCAACAGUAAAAUAUUCACAGUGUUCGUUCACGGUCUACUGGAGCUUCAGGCUGGACAAUACACAUCUGUAUUUGUGGACAAUGGAUCUGGGGCCCCCAUAACAGUACAGAAUGGUUCUGACUUCACAGGCUUGUUCCUGGGUGCAUAACUCUAUCUGUUUAUAUAAAUGAACAUUUAUUACUCUGCCAUGAUGGAAAGAGUGAUUAUCAUCAAUACAGUAAAUGAUGAUGGUGAGGAGGUGGAAGAGGCAAAGCUGGAUUCUUUUUAGGUUCCUGCUAAAGAGGAAGGUCAUUAAAACAUUGAAGCAUAUGGAAAGCCUUUAGUCUCUUUACUACUC